AUGGUGACUCGCGGGGCGAGUUCGCCUGCGGCAGCGGCCAGGAGGACGAGGAGGGCACGCCGGACACGGGGAUGGAGGACAUGGACGAGGACCCCGAGGAAGAGGAGGAGGACGAGGACGUCGAGAUGAGGGUGACCGACCAGGAGUCCUCGAACGCGGACCGCGAGCCGGGGGCGGGAUCGAACAACGGCCAGUCCUCCUCGUGCAAGAAGAGGCAGUCCUCCUCGUCCUCUUCGUCCUCGAGCAGCGUCCAGGCCCAAGGUUGCCAGGGCCAGAGCCAGACCAGCCAGAACGGAAGCAGCGGCGGCGGCAGCACCGGUGGCAAGCCCAGAAGAGCGAGGACUGCGUUCACGUACGAGCAGCUGGUCGCAUUGGAGAAUAAAUUCAAGACCACCAGAUACCUGUCCGUCUGCGAACGGCUGAACCUCGCCCUGUCGCUGUCGCUGACCGAGACCCAGGUGAAGAUCUGGUUCCAGAACCGGCGGACCAAGUGGAAGAAG